CUUCAUUGAUUAAUGUCAAGGAGAAGAAGCAAUUAACACCAUACAAUACCACACAAAUUCCAUCUCCAGAGAAUUAAUAAAGAAGCUGGUGUUGCAUGGUGAUUAAUCAUAUAAUGAUUGAACAAAGUUAGCUAGCUUCAUAAAAACCGUAGACGUACAAUCGUGACAUUAAGAAAUUUCAUUGAAACAUUGUUACUAAUCUCUACGGUGUGCAAAAAUGAUGUAUGAAAGCCACAACGAUGAUGAUGCCUUAGAUCAUGAGAGAAAUAUGAACAUGAUGGAAAAUCAUAAUGGAGAUGGAAUUCUCCCGGAACACGAUGAUGGCAGCAUGUACAGCCUCACUGGCGGAGCUCCACUUCCGCCUCUAGGCGAUUUCGGAGCCAAAAGAACCAAACUCCGUCGAAGAACCAUCUCCCCCAAUGACCGUCGCUACAGAUGGUGGCAGAUGUUUUUGGUGGUGUUAGUGUUCUACACUGCAUGGGUGUCACCAUUUGAAUUCGGGUUCUUGAAUGAACCUUUGAGACCUCUUUCGAUUACUGAUAAUGUUGUGAAUAUAAUAUUUUUCUUUGAUAUUUGGUUAACUUUCUUUGUUGCUUACUAUGACAAAACUACGUAUUUGCUUGUGGAUAGCCAUGGGCCUAUUGCGAGGAGAUAUCUAAGAACAUGGUUUCUAUUUGAUCUCGUUUCCACUAUUCCUUAUGAACUCGCCCACAGAUUAUUUCCUAGACUCGACACUUAUGGCUACUUCGGUAUGCUUCGCCUUUGGCGUCUUCGCAGAGUCAGUGCCAUGUUUGCAAGAUUAGAAAAGGAUAGACAUUAUAACUACUUCUGGUUGCGGUGUUCAAAGUUUAUUUGUGUUACUCUAUUUGUAGUACAUAAUGGAGCCUGCAUUUUCUACUUUCUUGCCGACCAUUAUGCUAAAGACCUAAGCACAACGUGGCUUGGGCUUGUUCCUGAUGCGGUUGACAAGAAGAAUACGAUGUCUCUCUACGUAGCAUCAGUAUACUGGUCCAUUAUCACUGUUUCAACAGUUGGUUAUGGUGAUCUGCAUCCUGUAAAUACAAGGGAGAUGCUAUUUGACAUUUUCUUUAUACUCUUUAAUCAGGGACUUACUGCAUACAUCAUUGGAAACAUGACAAAUCUAGCUGUUCAUGCCACAAGCAGAACUAGGCAAUAUAGGUACACAGUACAAGCUGCCGCAAAUUUUGCCCGCCGGAAUAAGAUACCUAUCCACUUGGAAGAACAGAUGCUUUCUCAUUUGUUCAUGAAGUACCGAACCGAUUUGGAAGGAGUGCAGCAACAAGAGAUUAUUGAUUCCCUUCCAAAAGCUAUUCAAUCUAGUAUCUCAUACUACUUAUUCUUUUCAAUGAUGGACAACGUAUACUUGUUUAAGGGAGUGUCAAAAGACCUAAUUUUUCAAUUGGUCACAGAGAUGAAGGCGGAGUAUUUUCCUCCAAAGGAAGAUGUGAUUUUGGAUAAUGAAGCACCAACAGACUUUUAUAUUUUUGUCACCGGUGCCGCGGAACUUAUCAAACGGGUGAAUGGAGUAGAACAUGUCGUUGGUAAGGUACAUGCAAAAGAUCUUGUUGGUGAAGUAGGAGUUCUAUGUUACAGGCCGCAGCCGUAUACAGUCCGGACUAAACGAUUGAGCCAAAUUUUGCGCUUGAGUCGUGCUACAUUUCUAAAUAUUCUUCAUUCAAGUGUUGGAGAUGGGACAAUAAUCAUGAACAACUUUCUAAAUCAUUUGCAAACUUCUGAUAUUCCAGGGUUGGAUGCUAUUUUGGAAGAAACAGAGGCCAUGUUGGCUCGUGGUAAAACAGAUCUACCUAUCAGCACAUGCUUUGCAGCAGGCAGAAGUGACAAACGACUGUUACAACGGUUGCUGAAGAAGGGCUCAGAUCCAAAUGAAACAGACAGGAAUGGAAGAACAGCACUGCAUAUCUCAGCUUCUAAUGGUAAUGAGUCUUUUGUAACUCUGCUUCUAAAGUUUGGUGCUGAUCCAAAUGCCAAAGAUUUGGAUGGAAAUAUCCCACUAUGGGAAGCAAUGAUCGGUGGACAUGAAUCUGUCAAAAAAAUGCUCAUAGACAAGGGUGCAGACAUAUUUUGUGUUGAUGCAGGGCAUCUAGCAUGCUCUGCAGUUGAUAAAAAUAGCAUUGAAUUGCUUAAGGAACUCAAAGAACUCGGUGUGGAUGUGACAAAACCCGAAAUGAGCGGAAUCACUGCCCUGCAUAAAGCAGUAAGUGACAGAAAUGUAGAGAUGGUAAAGUUCCUUUUGGACCUAGGAGCUAAAGUUGAUAUGCAAGAUGAUCAUGGCUGGACUCCAAGGGCUUUGGCAGAAAAUCAAGGCCACGAUGAAAUUAAAAAUAUAUUCCAAAACAUUAAAGAAAACAAACAAACAGCACCUGUUAGUCCAAUACCAGAAGAUGGUACGCCUAAUGUGUCGUCGUUUCAAAGUGCACCCGUUAUGCCUGAUGCUCGUGGAUCCCUAGAUAACAUGCUACAACCACCUAAUCAAGAAGAGUUGCCAUGGUUAGAUAGUCAUCGGAGGCAAAGGGCCAACACCUUUCAUAAUUCAAUUUUCGGGAUGAUAUCUGCUGCCAAUUACGAUAAAAAAGAUCUUGGGGUAUCUGAAAGCAGAAUCACGAAUACUGCGAACAUGAAUGGAAUAGUAGCUAGAGUGACACUUAUUUGUCCAGAAAAAGGUGAACAUGCUGUAAAGCUUGCUUUUCUGCCCGAUUCCCUCGAAGAACUGCUAGACAUUGGUGCCAAAAAGUUUGAUUUCUCACCCACCAAAAUUUUGACCAAAGAAGGAGCUGAAAUUGACGAUAUAGAUCUUAUAAGAGAUGGUGAUCAUCUUAUUAUUGCAAAGUGACGGAAGAGGGAAAGGGAAACAAUAAUUUUGUGCAGUAAUGUUCUUAGUUUGGAACAUACUUGUAAAAUGACAUAGAUAAGAUAAGAUUAGUCAAUAGAGGAAAAGUAGAAAGAUAUCUUGUAUUUCCGAUUUUAUUAUUCUAUAGCUGUAUAAAGUUUGAUCAUUCAUUUAAAAUCCUUGGAUACCAAGCUUAGGUGAUGAGAAUGGUAAAUUACUUGAUUGUUCGUCA